UUGCCUUUAGCUCGCCGGAUUGUUAUUCCUUGUCAUCUUUUUUCUUUUGAAGAUUACAACAUGUCUAAUGCUUCCCAUGCAAACCUUUCAUGCAUCCAUGUUCUUCUUGACGUUCCUUCAGGUCUUGCCAAACCCAUUGUCAGAUGGCAAUUAGCUUUUAUCAAAAUUUACUGUUCAAGAACUCUCUUCUCCAUCGCCAAAAACCCUAAACCCAACAGCAAAACCAACCAUCUUCUUCCUCGCUCUCCUUCUUAUUCCCUGCUCCAAAUUGACCAACCCAAACUCUCCGCCGCCUCCAACUUCAACAUUGAUCAACUAAGCCUCGUUGAGCUUGUCAAGCAUAGAAACCUCGACCACCUUCAAAAGCUCGGUGGUGUCCAGGGAGUAGCUUCCGCUCUUCAAACUCAUCUGAACACCGGAAUCUAUGGCGGCGACGAAGAAAUCGACCGCAGACUCGAGGCAUUCGGUUCUAACACCUAUAAAAAACCGCCCGCAAAGAGUUUUUUCCAUUUUGUAAUGGAAGCUUUUAAAGAUGUUACCAUUCUCAUCCUCUUGGGCUGUGCAGCUCUAGCACUCGGCUUUGGAAUCAAAGAGCAUGGCCCAAAAGAAGGUUGGUACGAUGGAGGAAGCAUAUUUCUUGCCGUCUUUAUUGUCAUUUCUUUCUCUGCAAUCAGUAACUAUCGCCAGAACAAGCAAUUCGACAAGUUAUCCAGAGUAAGCAACAAUAUUAAGAUUGAAGUUGUGAGAAACGGACGCCGUCAGCACAUCUCGAUUUUUGACAUAGUUGCCGGAGAUUUAGUUUGCUUAAAGAUCGGAGACCAAGUUCCCGCGGACGGAUUGUUCGUUGAUGGCCACUCAUUGCAAGUCGAUGAAUCGAGCAUGACGGGGGAGAGUGAUCACGUAGAGGUAGAUAGCAGAGAAAAUCCUUUCUUGCUUUCAGGAACAAAGGUGGCUGAUGGUUAUGGUCGGAUGGUUGUCACUUCAGUUGGGAUGAACACAACAUGGGGAGAAAUGAUGAGCCAAAUCAGUCGAGAUACUAAUGAACAAACUCCUUUACAAGCCCGACUCAGUAACUUAACUUCAUCAAUAGGUAAGGUUGGUCUUGCUGUUGCUUUCCUGGUUCUUGUAGUCUUGCUGGUUCGGUACUUUACAGGAAAUACAAGAGAUGAGAGUGGAAAUCGAGAAUUCAAUGGAAGAAAGACAAAGUUUGAUGAUGUAGUGAAUUCUGUUGUUGGAAUUGUGGCUGUGGCUGUUACUAUUGUGGUGGUUGCCAUUCCUGAGGGAUUGCCAUUAGCUGUUACACUUACUCUGGCUUAUUCAAUGAAGAAGAUGAUGGCUGAUCAAGCAAUGGUAAGGAAGCUCGCAGCCUGUGAAACUAUGGGCUCUGCAACCACUAUCUGUACGGACAAAACAGGUACUCUCACAUUAAACCAGAUGCAGGUCACAGAAUUCUGGGCUGGCCAAGAACAUGUGGAAAAAGCUACAGUUUCAUCAAUUUCUCCAUUUGUGAUCGAAUUGAUUCGGCAAGCAGUCGCUGUGAACACAACUGGUGGUGUUUACAAGCCAAAUUCAGGAUCUAAAUUCGAGUUCUCUGGCAGUCCCACCGAAAAGGCAAUUCUGUCUUGGGCUGUAUUGGAACUGAACAUGGAUAUGAAUGAAAUGACACAGAGCUGUGACAUUCUUCGUGUUGAAACCUUCAAUUCACAGAAAAAGAGGAGUGGGGUUUUGAUGAUGAACAAAGCUGAUUCCACACUACACGUGCACUGGAAAGGUGCUGCGGAGAUGAUUCUAGCAAUGUGUUCAAGCUACUACGACGCUUCUGGAAUUGUGAAAGACCUCGGUGAUAAUGAAAGAAGCAUAUUGGAGCAAAUAAUUCAAGGUAUGGCCGCCAAAAGUUUACGUUGUAUUGCUUUUGCACACAGUCAAAUUUCAGAAGAUGAACAGAAAGGGAUAAAAGAAGAGAACUUGAGCCUGAUUGGCAUGGUGGGCAUAAAAGACCCAUGUAGACCCGGAGUGAAAAAAGCUGUAGAGGAAUGUCAAUAUGCAGGUGUGAACAUAAAAAUGAUAACUGGAGAUAAUAUUUUCACUGCAAGAGCUAUAGCAACCGAAUGUGGGAUUCUAAAACCAGGUGAUGAUGACAUGUUGAGUGAUGCAGUGGUAGAAGGUGAAGAAUUUAGAAACUACAGUCCAGAGGAAAGAAUGGAGAAAGUUGAUAAAAUCUGCGUGAUGGCAAGAUCUUCUCCAUUUGACAAACUCCUUAUGGUUCAAUGCCUGAAACAGAAAGGCUAUGUUGUAGCAGUCACCGGAGACGGCACUAAUGAUGCACCUGCAUUGAAAGAAGCAGAUAUAGGAUUAUCAAUGGGUAUUCAAGGCACAGAAGUAGCCAAAGAAAGUUCAGAUAUUGUCAUCUUGGAUGAUAAUUUUGCUUCAGUAGCCACCGUUUUGAGAUGGGGAAGAUGCGUUUACACCAACAUUCAAAAAUUCAUUCAAUUCCAACUUACAGUAAACGUAGCUGCACUGGUAAUCAACUUUAUAGCUGCAGUUUCUGCAGGUGAAGUUCCUCUAACGGCAGUUCAAUUGUUAUGGGUCAAUCUGAUCAUGGACACCCUUGGUGCUCUGGCUCUAGCCACAGAGCAGCCGAGUAAAGAGCUGAUGGAGAAACCUCCAGUGGGUCGAACCGAACCACUUGUAACAAAUAUCAUGUGGAGGAACAUAUUAGCUCAAUCUCUUUACCAGGUUGCAGUUCUUCUGACCCUUCAGUUCAGAGGAGAAUCAAUAUUCAGGGUGACCCAGAAGGUAAACCUCACUUUGAUCUUUAACACCUUUGUGUUCUGCCAGAUCUUCAACGAAUUCAACGCAAGAAGGCUUGAAAAGAGAAAUGUUUUUGAGGGGAUACACAAGAACAAAUUGUUUGUGGGAAUAAUUGGAUUCACCAUAAUUCUUCAAGUGGUGAUGGUGGAGUUUCUGAAAAAGAUUGCGGAUACAGAGAGGUUAAACUGGAGUCAAUGGGGAGCCUGCAUUGGAAUUGCAGUGGUGUCAUGGCCGAUUGGUUGGCUUGUCAAGUGCAUACCUGUCCCAGAAAAGCCAAUUUUCAACUACUUAAAGUGGAGAAAUGUAUAGAAAUUUAAUUGAUUCGUUUAUUUUAUGUAAAUUUAUACAUUGGUU